AUGUUCUUGCAGUUGGCACGACCUUUGGGCAUCGUACGACGAGUCGCUCCACGGAUACAAUGCAACUUUCACUAUGCAGCUGUCAUUCGAAAUGCUGAGGCUACUUCUGAAAAAGAAUCGGUCAAGCCAACCUCUUCUCGACCUGCAUCGUCAGUUCCUAAAGGCACAGUGCUCAAGGGCAUCAAUUAUUUGAAGGACGGCAAGGAUCCAGUGGCCUUGGAUGACAGCGAAUACCCUGACUGGCUUUGGGAUUUGUUGGAUGAAAAGAAGCAAAAGCAAAAGACCACCAGACCCAGCAACCGACAGUAUCAUAGAAAGAAGAAUCGGGAAGCUAUCAAGGCCAUGAACUUCAUGAAGGAUAAAAAGACUUAA